CAAUGUUCAUUCAUAUUAGCGUCAAUAUUUAAAACAAAUUCACUAGGGACACUAUAUUUAUUUCAUGACGAGAUAGUACAUUUGGAUGUGGUAGAAAGCCUGACGCAAUAAAAUUAUUUAUAAGAUGGAAAAUAUAUGGUAUGUCAGGAUAUAAAAAAAGGAUAGAACAUGUAUUAAUUGUAUUUAAAUGGUACUCAUUACAAUAUGUAUAUCCGUCUAUAUAUAGUUUAUUUUUCAUUGCGUUAUUUCUAUCUAUUUCGUCUUUAAAAUAUUCGAUGAUUUUGUAUGUAUUGCUAUCUUGUGCGUCUUUUCUUUCCCAGUUUGCAGCUUAAUAUUUCGUUAAUUUACUUUAUAUCCUAUGUCUAUGAUUCUAAGUCUCGCAGUGUUUUUUCUAUUUGUAUUUUUAAAGUUAAUAUUGAUUAUUUGCGAACCAUUACUUUUUGCUUGGCUUGUUGCUUAUCUAAGCAUGCUGUAACAAUGCCUCUUAUAAAACCUCCAUUUACUAAGUCUGUUGCAAUAUCUUUAUCCGUUUUGUCCAGUUGCAUGCCCGCGUUCUGUAAUAUAAGUCUUCUUUCUAGUACUAAAGCCUUCUAAUGUUUAAUAUGUAUUUUUUGUUUAUA